AACGGACGCCUUUGAAUUGAAACCUUAUAAACACCAGUUUACCGAGAAGCGGCUUAAACACAAGCUAAUAGGCAGCAUCAGAGCCAGAGCCAGAGCCAGAGCCCAGGAGCUGAGGCCUAAGCUUUAGGAAGCGAAGGAAAAUAUGGCAGUUGUUACGAGGGUUUUUUCAGUGGGUUUAAGGUCUCGAUCUUUGAUCAUCCCUUACAAAUUCCAACUCUCCUUUUUCUGCAACUCCUCUAAUCCUCUAAUCUCCAAGUUGCUUCGUCUACCUGCCUCCCAAAUCAAAUCUACGCUUGAUUCUGAGCACCCUUUUCCCCUCAAUCGUUUCGAAUUUUCUUGGAAUACACUCGUUACCAGUCUUUCAUCUUCCUCUCCUGAGAAAGCUCGCCUUGUUUUAGAGUGGAGAUUGGAGAGAAUGCUGAAGGAUGAUGAGAUAGACCUUGAUCAUUACUCUGAUCUAAUAUCACUCUGUGCACAUAUUCAAGAUGUUCCACUUGCAUUGCGGGCCUUUACCUCUAUGGAGGCUAGUGGAAUCAAACCCAGUACUAAUGUUUUCAAUUCCCUUAUACAUGCUUGCUUGUCCUCAACAAGUACUGUGAUAACUGCCCUUAGUUUGUUUCAGGUAAUGGAUAAUUCUAAGGAAUAUAAACCCAAUUCUCAGACUUAUGAUACUUUUAUAUUGGGGUUUUCACAUUUAAGAUAUGUUGAUAAAAUUCAAGCAUGGUUUGCAGCGAAAAAGGCUGCUGGGUUCCCUGCAAAUCUACAGAACUAUGAAUCUCUCAUUUUUGCUUGCGUUAGGAAAAAAGAUUUUGAUAGUGUUGAUAGAUUUUAUGAAGAAAUGCUAUCAGCAGGAGUUAUGCCUAGUAUGCGCAUAUUGGAAUAUGUGCUUGAAGGGCUUUGCAAACGCAGAAAGUGUGACAGGGUUAGAGAUUUUUUGAGUUUUUUACUGGAUUGCAGGUUUGAGAUUUCAGGGAAUAUGAUUGAGAAAAUUGUGGAAUUAUAUUAUGAACUUGGGGAAGUGGACGAAAUGGAGAAGCUACUUGAAACUAUAAUGGAGUUAAAUCAAGUAGGAGAAGCCUUGUUGUCAUUGCAUUGUGGACUUAUAAGAUUGUAUUCUAAACUGGAUAGAUUGGAUGAUGUUGAAUAUGCUGUGGGAAGGAUGAUGAGUCAAGGGAUGUCAUUUAGGAGCUCAGAUGAAUUUGAGAAGGUAAUUUCAUCGUAUUUCAGGAAGGAAGCCUAUGACAGACUAGACUUGUUUAUGGAACAUAUCAAGGGUUAUUGUAAGCUAGGAAGGUCGACUUAUGAUUUACUAGUUGCUGGGUAUCGAAGAGCUGGAUUGACAGAGAAAUUAGAUUUGAUAGUGAAGGAGAUGAAACUGGCUGGAUUUUAGUUUCUUGAAUUGAGUUGCUACCAAGCUAUAUGCUUAAAUGGUUUAAUUGCCUUGGAAGUUGAAAGGAUAAUACUGGCACAAUUGAGCCAAUCCCUUGCUUAAGAAUGAAGUCUUGGGUUGAAUUUGGAAACUGUGAAAGUUUACAAGCACUGAUGUAGGAUAUACCGCAAACAUAUGAAAGCAGCAUAGAGAUUGACAGGAAUUCCUCAAGUAGAGGGAGGAAUCAUCUUCUUGCAUAAAAUUAGAGAAUAUGUUCUACUUGAGAAACCUUAAAUCCAGGAAGUCAACUGAUUGAGUUUAUCUAGCCACUACAGUUUGGUUUUCUGAGCCAUGAAAUCAAGCAUUAUCAGAAGAUUUUAGAUCUAUGAAAGCUUUUCAUUGAGGAUUGGUGCUUGUUCAGAUUGUUUGAUGGGAUUGUCAAUGUCAUAUCAUCUGUUUCAGCUGGAGUUGAUUGACAAAGUCUUAUUCUCCUAUAUAUGAGAGAUGUUAACGCGCUGAUGAUUUCAUUCAUCUUAAGGUGUGUAAUGUGUAUGGCUGACAAGAUCCAAGCAAAUGACAAAGUUCACCAGUAUAAAUAGUAGCAAAUGAACACGCAGCUUCGAAGCUCCUUUUAAUGAAAAUAUGUUGUACUUUAAGCCAUGGUUUCUUGUUUAGUUUCUUUUGGCAAAAAGAUAUUGAAAUGUCCAUUUGUUA